AUUUUCAAGAUGGCGUCAGAAAAUGGAGUGGAUGAUGAGAAAAAGCCUGCUGAGGAUGAAGAACUUGAUGAUGUUGAUGGCUACAAGGUCAUACGAGUUCCAGGUUUUGGCAAAGAUACAUAUUGGGAUGUUGCUGUUAGAAGAUUAGGUGAACUUGAUCUCUCACGUCGUCCAGUUUAUCAACAAGUUGGUGCUGGGGGAAUCACAGGCUGGUUUGUGGGAAAUAUAUUUAAAAAGGUUGGAAAAGUAACUGCACUCGCUAUUGGUGGUGGACUACUCGUUUUACAACUAGCCUCGCAAUCGGGUUAUGUAACAAUAAACUGGAAGAAAAUAAAUAAGGACGUGGGAAAAGUCUCUAAGAAUGUCUCCGAGAAAUUUGGAGAGUACACCUCGUCCCGGAAACAACAAAGCAAAAUCGCCAAAUAUUUUAAUAAGGGUGGUCAAGUCGUCCAAAAGAAUGUUGUGGUGGCAAGUGGGUUUGCCGCUGGCUUUCUACUUGGAUUGGCGACCUAAUCCAUAGUUUUAUCGAAGACAUGAGAUUGUGUAAUGAUCAGUCGCAUAAAGCCUAAUUUCCUAUAUUUGGGGGGUAAUUGUCGUAAAAAAUAUCAGAAUAGUCACUGUGAAUAAGAUUUUGCCACAACAGUCGGCCAAAAAUUGAAAUAAAGACUUCUAUUAUUUUUUAUAUUAUUAUUAUUAUUAUUGAAAAGAAAUAUUCAUCCCGACUAUUUCGCAUCGCUCGAAACGACUUGAACUCAACCAAACAGAAACUAGACAUUUGCUGUUUGAUGGAACUAAAUAAUUAUGAACGUGAAGGCUAAGGCUUAAACACCUUAAAAGCAUAAUAUUCAGUUCGCAUGUUGACCUAGCCUUAUUUGAAACACCCGACCUUAGUUCAAGUAAUCCAUAUAUAUUCAAGCAUUCAAGGUCAGGAAAUUCGCAAACUAUAAACUCUGCACUUUUUUUCUUUAUGCCUCG